CAGUAAGCAUGGCCACAGCUGCCUCGAAUCCCUACAGCAUUAUCAGUUCCAACUCUAUGGUUCACGCAGACUCCUCGGUCAUGCAACAAGGGAGCCCUUUCAGGAACCACCAGAAACUUCUCCAAAGUGAGUACCUACAGGGAGUCCCAAGCAAUGGACACCCUCUUGGCCACCAGUGGGUGACCAGUUUAUCGGAGGGAAGCCCAUGGUCAUCCUCUUUGGCGGGCAGUCCCCUGGAGCAGCAGGACGUGAAACCGGGACGGGAAGACCUCCAACUCGGAACGAUCAUUCAUCACAGGUCUCCUCAUGUCGCCCAUCACUCGCCCCAUACAAAUCAUCCAGGUGCAUGGGGAACGCCGGUGUCUCAUAACUCAUCUAUAAACAGCGGCGGACAGCCUAUCAACAUCUAUUCGCAGGCAGGCUUCACGGUCAAUGGCAUGCUGGAGCACGGAGGUCUGACGCCUCCCCCGAACUCCGCUCAGACCCAGGGCUUGCAUCCAGGGCUGAGGGACACUCCGGACCACACCGACCUUGGGGCACACCACUGCCACGACCACUCCGACGAGGAGACGCCGACCUCGGACGAGCUGGAGCAGUUCGCCAAACAGUUUAAGCAAAGGCGGAUCAAGCUGGGCUUUACGCAAGCAGACGUCGGGCUCGCGCUGGGCACUUUGUAUGGCAAUGUUUUCUCGCAAACGACCAUCUGCAGGUUCGAAGCCUUGCAGCUGAGUUUUAAGAACAUGUGUAAACUGAAGCCCUUGUUAAACAAGUGGUUAGAGGAGGCAGACUCGUCCACGGGCAGCCCCAGCAGCAUUGACAAAAUCGCCGCGCAGGGGAGGAAAAGAAAGAAAAGGACCUCCAUUGAGGUGAGCGUCAAAGGGGUGUUGGAGACCCACUUUCUUAAAUGUCCCAAACCUGCAGCCCAGGAGAUAUCCUCUUUGGCAGACAGCCUACAGUUAGAGAAAGAGGUUGUUCGUGUCUGGUUUUGUAACAGACGACAAAAGGAAAAAAGAAUGACUCCGCCGGGAGAGCAGCAGCCGCACGAGGUAUAUUCUCACAACGUUAACACGGACAACUCUUCGUGCCACGAUCUCUGACCAAGGAACCAGGAUCCACCCCACGAGACUCUUUGAGACAAAUUGGAAUCUAGUGGCUUUUUAAAUUAUGAAUAUUCUUUUUUUAUCGCACUCCCUUCUGUGGUGGUACGAUGAUGACAAUAACUAGAGGCACUGAGAAAGAAAACAACAAUACAAAAGGUUUCUGUUUUUCAUAUUUAUCUCCAGCAUUUUUGGCAAUAUAUCUUGACAAACCAUGUUUUCUUUAUUUCACAAAAGGAACCUGUUUAUUACCAAAUUUUAGUUUUGAUUUUUGUUGUCUUCAGAAAGGAUUUAAAUACAAAAUUGUGCCUACUAAUAACCUCCCAGCGCCUUGGUUCUCAAACAUAAAUUUAUUUCAGGUGAAGCAGCUAUUAUUUCUGAAAAAAGGAGAAAAAACACUUUGUAAUUGUUUGCGUGUUCUGAGUUUUUUUUUUUUUUUUAAGAGUACUUCUGGCUGUUCGAUUCAAUAAAGUGUUUCACUGUAUUUACACAUACAACACGGAUUUCAAACAACCUAAACGUAUAUGAAAUAAGGGCAAAUAACGUAGGUCUAGUUUAUUUAUUUAUUGUUUUCAGUCGGAUGAAUUGUACAUGUCAGUGGUUGCAACAUUGCUGCAAUGCUCUGUCAAGCAUUAGGUGGCCAUUUUAAGAUAUUUUAGGGACGCCAAUCACAUUGCAAUUGGACACCUUUCUCGUGGCGCCGAAGGCAUUUUUCCAAUGUAUUGGUACUGUCUGUUUUUUUUCUGCGUUGCAUUACUACCUGUUUUCCAUCAGAGAAGACAUAGACCUGUUAUACCCUGAAAUUAUCAAUACGUUGU